GCCCGCCUGUAGCAUCGUCCUCAAGAAACAAAACUUUCCCGCCCGCCAUGGUUGUCAAGGUCCCGAUCGUCAAGAAGCGUACGAAGCCCUUCAAGCGGCACCAGUCUGACCGUUACAAGAGUGUCAAGGAGAACUGGCGGAAACCGAAGGGUAUUGACAACAGGGUCAGGCGGCGGUUCAAGGGCCAACUGCCCAUGCCCAAGAUUGGGUAUGGCAGCAACAAGAAGACCCGGCAUCUACUCCCCAGCGGCCUGAAGAAGUUCUUGGUCAGCAAUGUUCGGGAACUUGAUAUUCUGUUAAUGCACAACAAAAGCUUCGCGGCUGAGAUCGCGCACAACGUGAGCAGCCGCAACCGGGCCUUGAUCCUCGAGCGGGCCAAGGUACUGUCUGUGAAGGUCACGAAUCCCGCAGCGCGGUUACGGUCGGAGGAGUAGAGUAUUGCUGUCGUGUUUGUCUUCUUACUCAUGUAUCAUUUCUUUCCCCUAUGCCGGAGAUAAUCGACAUGCGACCAUGCUUCAGGCCAAAACAUUCCAUGCCUCAUCUGACGAACCUCGGAUCGCUCCUUACGUCUCUCAUUGUAAGGCCCGUAAACUGCGAA